UCCCUCCGCGUCGCCAUGUUUACAAAUGUUCGAGUGAAAGUUUCACUUUAGGGUGGCAUGCAUGCUUUGUUUUUCCUAGAAAACAGGAAGUUUCGACAUUUUAGGUGGACCCAGUGAUCACGUAUAGACUACAGGGAAACAUGUUUAUCACUGUGAAGAUAUUACAGGGCAGAGAAUGUUGCAUAGAAGUUGCAGAUGCAGACUCGGUCAUGUCAGUCAAACAGCUUGUAGCUAGAGAACUGGAUGUACCAGUGGACCAGCAGAGAUUAGUCUUCAGGGGGAAAACAUUGGCAGAUUCACAAUCUCUGGGAGACUACAACAUAGGACCAGAUGCCAAAAUACACCUCAUGGUUCGUAAAGUAGAGAAACAGCAAAGCAGUACAGACUCCACAGAUAGGAAGGACACAACAUUUCUCUGGGACGAGACAAAAAAAUUGUUGUUAAAACAUUUUAGUCCUGAAGACGCAGACAAGGUUAUGCAGAAUUUUAGAAGGGAAUUUGAAUCUACAAUAGCAAGCGUUAGCCUGGACGAUCUAGAGAGAAUGGCAUCAGCGAACCUACAGAAACGACAUUUCAUUGGUGACCAGUCAACUUCGUCAUAGGACUCACUGUAUGCCAUUCAUGGACAUUUUGUUUCCCAGCUUGGUACUAUCAGCAUUAUGAGAGGAAGGAAAAGAAAGGAUAUCAAUGCAUAUUGUGUAUGAACUUUUAAGAAGUGGUGCAGCAUUUCAGUUUGCUGCCACUGUGAUUCUGUUAGCCAUAUCAAGGAAUACCAUCUGUAGGUACAAGCGUGUAUGCUAAUUUCAUGAUUUUCAAAUUAACAAACCCUGGGACUCUAAAAGGGGUGUGUCCAGCUUUGAAUUUUUUUUGUGUCUGUCUUACUCUUUGUUUUGGAGCCCACUUUGUUAUUUUUUGUUGUUGAAUCUGUCAGUUUAAUAUUAUGAAAAUGAAUUGUCAUCACCAGUACUCUCAUGUUAUGUUUUGAUUGGGCUGUUGAAAAUUCUGAUUCCCUUCUUCAGGUCUCAACAUUAACCCCAUUUUCCCCAGCAUACGAAGGGAUCUGUAAAAUGGUCUAUGGUACAGGGUAUGCCAUCGUUAUGUACUAUGGUACAUGUUUAUUGUAUUUUAUGUCAUAAUAAUCUUUGUUUUCUUAUGCUAAAUAUGUUGAGUAACUUUCCCCUAUUGUUGCUAUGGUUAUCAUCUUGAACCCAUCACUUAUUGUUUAAGAAGAAAUUUAGACACCAGAAAUGUAAAUUAGCUAGUUGUGAAUGUAAAUUUUAUCUCUGACUACAUUACACUUAGUCUAUCAACUUAUUUCUAUGAAUUACUAUGUUACAAUGCAAAUGCAAAAAAUAGGUCCCAAAUUAAAGUUGCUUUCCAAAUUGCAACUAUCAGCAGUGCUGUUACCGUCCUAUCCUCACAAAUGUCUCAAAAUGUAGCCAAUUGUAUUUAUUUGUAAAUGAAGGGAAAAGUUACGACUGCUGCAUUCUGUCAUUUGUUCUACCUUGGUACAUAUAAGAAUGGACAAAGGGAAUGUGUCAUCUCAUGCCGUAUGUUGGUAGAUGUAUUUAAUAAGAAAUCUGUACGAUUUUCAUUCAAUGUAUAAACACUCAACAAUUGUGCUGAAUACAUUGUUGUACAUAA